GACCUCCCGCACGUAUAAAGUACGCGCGCGCGCGAUCGUGCCCAUGGCAUGCGCGCACCAAACCAAAUCCAAGUCAAGAGCUCCUCGAGGGAGGAGGCACGAUCGAGCGCGUAGCGUCGCACGCGAGGAGUCAAGGCCGACCACGAGCGGGCUCGACGGAGCGAGGCGUGGCCAUGAGCCGGGCGGCGGGCGGCGGAGCGGAGCGGUGGCGCCGGUACACGGGCGUGCGGCGGCGGCGGUGGGGGAAGUGGGUGUCGGAGAUCCGGGUGCCCGGCACGCGGGAGCGCCUGUGGCUCGGGUCCUACGCCACGCCCGAGGCCGCCGCCGUCGCGCACGACGCCGCAGCCUACCUCCUCCGCGGCGGCGCCGGCGGGCUCAACUUCCCGGAGCGCGCGGCCCGCUACCACGCGCGCGGGCACGGGCUGGCGCCCCUGUCGCCGGGGUCGGUGCAGCGCGUGGCGUCCGACGCCGGCAUGGCCGCCGACGCGCAGCUCGUGGGCGCCGGGGAGCGCGCGCUGGCGCUGGCGCCGGCGCCCGGGCAGGUCGCCGCCGGCGUCGGCAUUGGCAUCUCACAAGGCGGUGAAGGUGCAAGAGAACAAUGGCCGUAUGCGACGUGCAGCAACGAUAGUGGUGCCACGUAUUGGUGUACGCCGUAUGCGGACGGGAGUAGGAGCUCGAGCGCUGGUAGCGAGCAGCUUGUUUAUGGGGAUAUUAGCGUAGACGAUAUGGAGAUCUUGAUGUAACUAGAUAGCAGAAGAAACAAACGGAAUCACUGUGAUUUUCAAAAUUCGGCAUAAUUUUUUUUUUUAAAUCGGACGAUAUAUACAUACAUAGCGCUCUUUUUUCACUUCCAACAUACACGAAACAAAGAAGAU